AAAGCCAUGUCAACUAGUUACACCCCCUUAAUCUUAAUUACACCCCCUUUCAAAAAGAAAAAGAAUAUAAAAAAGAAAAGAUACCGACCUUGUAUUAUUAGUUUUCGCGCUUUCUUGGAACGCAGGCAAUUCCAAUUCCAUCCUUAUCAAUCAACAUCAUGUGCUUCACAACAAUUCUUGUUCUUCAUUCUCCUUCGGACCGGAAUUCCUUCUUUUUUGAAGGUAAUUCGUAUUCAAAUACUCGGGAAAUUUGUAUGAAUGAGUACUCUUCCGAGGACGAAGUGUGAAAGAGACAGAGAUAUUACGAUAACAAGAAGUGAUAUAAAAGAUGAAUCAUCUUCUAGUGUUAAGGGGUCGAAGUUUAAGUCUGGUAGUAGUGGUGGCAUAACCAAAUCAAUUCAUCCUCCGAUUGAAUCGCAUUGGGACCUUCCUACACCAAAAGGAAAGAAAAGAGCUUCCUUCUCCAUCAAGUCAAUGCUGUCUUACCCUCUUAUGAAAUUUGGAAGGAGUAAAAGUAUGGAAAUGGUUCUAGGAGGAACUCAUGAUCCAAACGAUGAAAAAAUCGUUGAGAGUUUUCGUGAAAUGCUUUCUCAAGAGGGGUUAUUACCACCUAAACACAAUGACUAUCAUACUCUUCUAAGGUUUCUGCGCAUGAAUGAUUUUGAUAUGACAAUAUCCAAAGAUAUGUUUCUCAAUUAUCUUAAAUGGCGAAAGGAAUUUCGAGUCGACAUGAUUCAUAAGGAAUUCAAAUUCACAGAAUACACAGAAGUGAAGAAAUGCUACCCUCAUGGAUACCAUGGAGUUGAUAAAUGUGGCAGACCUGUGUAUAUAGAAAGACUUGGGAUGAUUGAUGUUAACAAACUGUGGCAAGUAACAACACAUGAAAGGUUUAUAAAACAUCAUGUGUUAGAACAAGAGAAAACGCUACGAGUACGAUACCCUGCAUGUUCAUUAGCAGCUAAAAGACACAUAGCAUCCACCACAAGCAUCUUGGAUGUCAAGGGAAUAGGAAUGUCGAAUUUCUCAAAGCCCGCAAGGUACUUGUUUAUGGAAAUUCAGAAGAUCGAUAGCAGUUACUAUCCUGAGACUCUAAAUAAACUCUUCAUUGUUAAUGCUGGUUCUGGAUUCAAGAUAUUGUGGAAAGCAGUGAAGGCAUUCCUAAGCGAACGCACAGUAGCGAAAAUUCAAGUUUUGGGUCCUGAUUAUCCUAGUGUGCUGCUAGAGGCUAUUGAUCCAAGUAACUUGCCAACUUUUUUGGGUGGUAAUUGCAUAUGUUCUGAUUACGGAGGUUGCUUGAUGAGUGAUCAAGGUCCAUGGAAAAAUCAAGAGUUCUUAGAAAUGAUUCAGACAGUUUCUUUAACAGAAGAAACCGACGGUGCGUGCGAAAACAACAAUGUGGUUUCAGAAGGAUUCUUGAUGCACAAAAAGGUUGACAUGAAAAACAAAGACGAUGUUAGAACAGAUCUACCAUGUAGGUUAGCAUUACAAAAAAUCGAUUGCCUUGAAGAUAGUCUGGGAGACAUCAAGAAUAAAAUCAAGACACUGGAAGAUGCACUUCAAGAAACUAAGAUGGCAUUGAAAGAAAUUGGACAACAUAUAGAACAACAGAAAAUGUGAAUUUCUCAAGUGUAAACAAAAUUGCAAUGAGACAGCAACUUAUAUUCCUAUGAUCGGUUAUGAUCAAUGAAAGUUAAAAGAAGACUGUUAAUAUUAUAUCAUAGUGGUUAAUGGUUAUGUAGCAACCUAAAAUAAAAUUUGGUAAGUGUCUCUGACUAGGUGGUGGAAAUAGUUUAAACCUAUAAGGUUGAUGA